AUGAAUCCCAGUUUAGGACGAAAGCUUGAGAAUUUACAUUUUCGAGAGGCAAAUUCGCCAAUUUAUUUCGUUUCAAAGGCAUUGGGGCAGCUUCCGUUCUGUAUUGAAUUUGGAAAGAGGAACAGAACAGUUUUAAAGUUCACCAUUCUCAGUGUCGCAUUCUCCAUGUUUUGUUAUAGUUUAUAUUGUGCUUCGAUGUACUUCUUCGCAGUAAAAACUUAUGAGAAUGCUGGAAGCUUUCCUACCAUUAGUUUAAUUGAGAGUUAA